CAUUUCUACUGCUCCUACAUUUUAAUUGAUUUGUAAAAGCUACAGCAUGCAGCAUGGCGCUUCUGCUCUGUUGUUAUUCACGGAGUAGUGUCGCUUAGUGUGCAGGCAAAGUUGUUACAAACACUUCCGAGUGGCUUCCAGAAGAGGCUAACAUUAGCAUGCACAGGUCGCCUUAAUGCUCGCAUUAUGUCACGUUAUGAACAUCGUUAGCGCCAGUGAUCCACAUUGAUUGUGUUGGGCUGUUAUUCAUUAUGAAAAUAAAUUAAAACUAUUAUUCGUGCAUGAUUGUUGUUGAUUGUUUUAAUGUUAUUAUACAAUGUUGCACCAACCGCUAUGACGCAUUCCUUGUAUGUAAAAACAUACGUGGCAAUAAAAGGUUCUGAUUCUGAUGAGUACAGAUAAUGAGGAAUAUCUAAAUAACCCAGUGUGGACCACAUUUAAGGAACAUCUUUCAACACAAUACAAUUCAACAGCACCGAGUAAACUGCGAGAGUGUUUAGAUCAAUUUAGCAACAUUAAUGUAAUCUGGAGCGACCAGUUAAUUGAUGGAAUACAUCUACAACUUAUUUUCAGGGAAGGAAAAGAGUUUGUCUUCACUGUGAUGUCAUUGUGCACACUAGUGCCAACGGGAGGCCUUUUGUCUGCAGGGGUGCAUUCACCAGGACAACACUGAAAGAGAUCGAAAGCAAAAUAUAGCUGUCCUUAACUUACACAAUGGAGGAGGGCCAACAUGUCUCGCUUUGUGGUAAAGCGUCAUUACCUGAAGAUAAUCUGAGAGACGAGUACUUCUGGAAGCUUGUUGCGGACUUCAUCGGUCCUCAAUUGGGAGAAGGGCUCGAGCUGGAAAAGGCACCAUGCAAGAACAGACUUUUAAUUCAAGUAGGACUCAUGAGAGAGGACAAUAACUUCCCCUGGAUCGCCAUUCUCAAUUGGCUCAUGAAAAUCUUCCCCAGCCAUCACUCGGCUGACUUUCGCCGUUUGAUUGAAAGCGGCAUCGCAACGACGUUGAGCCUCGGGAGUGACGCGAGGCUGGCCUUCCUCGAAUCGUACGCCAACUUUAACUUUGUCGGCCCGAUAUGCGACAGCAUCGGAGUCGAGCGGCAGCAUCUUCUAGAAAUGAGGGAUUUUUCGGCCCAAGCGCAGUGGGUCGAGGUCACCAACGGCUUGAUUCUCGAGUUGAGCAACUUUGUCACCAGGGAGAGAAUCGCGCCGGUUGUUUUAGUCACGUGGCUUCGGAAUUUCAACCCUGAGUUCUGCGAGGAUGGGGACAUUAAAAAAGCGUAUAAAGUCCUCAGGUCCAAGAUAAAAAAGUUGAAACUGCAUUACCGCAACUCUGAGACGAGGAGUCGCAGGAGGAACGCGGCGAUGGAACAUCUGCGCCAGAGCCACUUUGAACUGGUGCGGAGAAAGACGGCGAAAUUGAUCGUGAAGAAACGCAUGAAACGAGAGGGAACCAGAGAGUACGAAAAAGUUACCGUCAAGGAGGAAUACGAGAGCGAUGAAAUCACGCAGGACGACGAUUUCGAGGUGAACGGAGAGCGUGUGAGGAAAGUGGUCGUAAAAGACGAUUCGGACGAAUCCAACAGCGAAGAAGAAACGACCUCGGGUGAAAAGCAAGAGUCGCUGAACCUGCUCGACAUCGCCAUGGUGUCGGUCCAGAAGCUGUCGCGCAUGUACGGCGCGAAGAACGAAACGUGCGGCCAGGUUUGCUUGGACCUCCUCAAAAAUCAGUACGCCCUGACGUGCAAGGAGCAUCCGGCCAUGGCGGAGUUCGAGAAGAAACUCGACGCCGUCUGCGAGGAAGUGUCGCUCGUUUACCCCGUGGUGUUUUUAAACUACAACGCCAAUUUCCUCGUCGCAAUGCACGACGCCGUGGAGCGGCAGGUCGCGAACUUCGAGAAAGAGAUCGUCCUGUCGACGGGGGAGGAGCUCGGCCGCGACAAGCUCCCCAAAUUCAGGGACUUUGUGAAUCUGUCCGAAAGCGCCACGUCGCGCUACAUCCACAUGGCUUGCGACGUGGUGAGGCCCGCCGGCGUCCCCGGCGCGCCGGACUACAGGAGUCACUGGGUCGCCUUCUGCGAGGAAAAGCAAAACCCCUCCAGGCUUUCAGUGAAUCAGUCGAAUGAAUUCACCGGCUACUUUGAAUCGGCGGCGGGUCUCGUCCACCACCACAGAGAGAUGGCGCCCUUCUUCUCCGAUUUGCUGUCGAUGGACAACGACGAGUGCCCCAACGUGAUUCUGGAGUGCGUCGCCGCCGACGCCUCCGACCCCGCCAUCCAGAGCCUCGUGUGCGUCCUGGCCGUCGUCUAUUGCAAAAUCCUCGGCCCGUACUGGCAGCUGCUGAGAAGCGGAGCCGAGUACUCUCGGUUCAGCCACUACAUGCUGCGCCUCUACCAAAAGUUCCUCGACUGGUCCAAAGAUCCGUCGACGCUGCUGGAACCCGAAGGGGCCGCGGACGUGUUCCAGCAGUUCCCGUCGCAGGAGAAAACCUACGACGGAGUGUUCCAGUUCUGCGGCCAGUGGCCCACCAACAGGGAGCUCAUCAGAGCGUGCCUGAAGAAGACGGUGAAGGUGAUUGCGACCGUCACCGAGGAACACCUCAAGGAUUUCCUGCCCGGGGGAAUGUUCUCCACCGUCCCGUCGCCAGAGCUGAGUUUGCGUCUGGUGAGUUGCACGUUCUCCGUGCUGAUGGCGGAGUAUCCGUCCAGCCGGCCGCAGCCCGACGACAGAAAAAAGUUCUCCAAGCGCAAGAACCCGGGAAGCUCUCAGGAAGACGGCGGACCAUCCGGUUCGUCCGCCGGCAGCUCCGAUGAUUCUUGCGCUUGGCGGGCGAAACACGGGACCGACCAGCGGGACGAGCCCGGUCCGUCGAUGAAGAGCGUCAAGAAAGAAAAGGAACCCGAAGAGGAGAACAUGGACAGGGACUACAUAGUCGCCACGGUGAACAGAAACGGGGGGCCGUGUAAGUCGCAGCAGGAAGUCGACAAGAUGAUGCUGCGCUUUGACGGCAACACCCGAGCCGAGAAACGGGAAGCGGUCCGUUGUGAGGUCUUGUACCAGAAGAUGGUUCUGAACAACACGGACCCGAACUUGGACUGCGUCUUCAGCAACGUCACGAAAAUGGUGAUCAAGCUGAAGAUCUCACUUCCCCGUUUGAAGCCCGGCUACUCUCUCGUUUGGGCGCCCAGAAAGAUCCAAAUGAAGCCGGUGCUCCAGGACAUGCCGGAUGCUGCAGUGAGUGAAAGUGGAGGAACAUGAGCGCUUUUAUUGCGUCUUGAUAAACAAGUGGAUAGCAGAAAAUCAUGAAAUUUGAUUAAUAUACUUUUGAUAUUGCGUGAAUAAUAAUGGGCAUGGUGCUGUAUUGUAAUAAGGCUUUUUUUUAAAUGAAAGUUUACCCCUUUUUUCUGUUGCCGAGAAGAAAAUUUUUAUUUUUAUUCAAGAUCAGUCAAUAACCACUGCUGACUUAAAAUAUGUGACAGAAUAAACAACUUUGUUCAUA